UCGCCACAUCUGUUGGACGUGUCUGACGUUUAAAUGUCGCAAUAAUCAAACACGUCGCAAUAAAGAAACACGUCGUAAAAAUGGCAAACGAGGAGAGCGAGUUGGACCACCUGCAGCAAUCUUCAGCCAGCGAGUUAAAUUUGUCCGUCGAUCUGGUGAAUCUGCUUAAUCGUAAGUAUAAUCUGCUUUUCUUCAACCCAACCCAUUGCGAUCAUUGCAAAACCAUUCCAGGAUAUGGAAUACAGUUUGCUGAUGCGGCGUCGGUAGGAUCAUUCCUGUCGCAGCUUGGAAUUGUCGGAACAGAUCAGCAAAUCUUGAUAUCAGCGGCGGAAGAUGCACUCCCAGGUGACCAAAACUCGGUGGAAAAAUCCGUGCUUCAGUGCAACAACGGAGAAUCAGAAGAGGGGAAUUUCAGCGACGCCAAUGAGUCAGCGGCUGAGACCGCGUUCCAUCCCCUUGGCGGUGAUUCAUCCGGAAUUUUUAUUAUUGUACCAUCAGAACGAGAAUUGACAGCCCUAAUAGAAAAAUAUGAUACAACGUGCUUAACAACCCUUUCGAGCUAUCAUCUUCAUGAUACAGGGAAUACUACAAUCAUUCACCCUAUCAGCAGUGUAUAAUACAAUUUUAUUAGGGAGGUUCCCCCGAACCAGAAGCAAACCGCUUACAGGAAGAGGUGGCGAAAAAUCUUCCGGAAGAUUCGCUUCCAUCGCCGCCGCAGCAAUCAUCGCGAUUGCUUAGCUUGAAAGUUGAGGUAAUUAGCUAUUUUUGUUUGUUUAAGUUGAAUUUCAAGCAUUUUAUUAAUUCUUGCAGAUAGCUGAUGAAGCCGCAGUAGAACUGCGCACUGUUCCUCCACCGGCAGUAAUUAGCGUCGAUCGUGAAGCCGAGCCCGGAGCCGAAAUCGCUGAUAUCCGGGAGGUCAGACGAGGACAAGAUCAGCCACAAAAAACAGUUACGAAAGACCGAGCAAAAGAGAACGUUUCGCCUAUCGUACGUGCCAGUACAGAACACGCCCUAGUCGAGAGCAAAGGCUGAGCUGAAUUGACGCCAAAGUUGCUGCGCGAGAUCUUGGAACAAUCUAUCAUCGGACAGGACAUAAUUGAUCGAGCCUCAAAAGGUGUGCUAUCGGAAGGACGACAGUUGGAAUUGUCUCAAAUAGUAGCAGAAUGGCAUCUAGCACACAAAAAGAAACUCUACGAGGAAAACCUAAGAAGUUAUGCCCAAGUUAUCACAUUGCUAUUCCGGAAUGAAAAACUGGCAAGUGCAUACAGUUUUUCAUAAUACUUCAAUAAUGUUAUCUUUGUAAUACUUUGUAAC